AUGGCACCCGAAGUAAUUUCUGGCAGCGGUUAUAAUCAUAAAUCCGACAUUUAUAGCCUCUCAUUAAUCGGUCAGUGCAAACGCAUACCUAAUCUCAACGACUCUGAAUUAAAGGCAGUGAAAGCUGUGGUAAAGAAAUGGCAGACAAUAGAGAAGAAUGAAGUGAUAUAUGUUUGGCACCACUCGGAGGAUAAGGACCCCGAUUAUUACCCCGAUGAUUUUACUAUCAUAGAAAAUUCAUCUGACAUACACCACUUAAAUUACGUGCACAGCGAACUCAUACCCUAUGUAGCUAGUUUGAAAUGGUCAUUUAGCCCCGAUUACGGCCACGAACCGGCAACAGUUGGCCAGGGCACCAUGACACUAUGCGUAUUUAAACGCACCAUGGCCACAAUACCGUUUAUUCUGCAUCAAUGGUCGCCAGUGUCGGCCUCAUUAGCGGUGGGCACUGAACACUCGUUUGGUGGCGUUGUGUUAUCGGUGGCCAUAUGUGUGCCCAUACGGCACGACCAGACCCUCAUGACAACACUCUUGUACACUAAGCGAUCUAUUAUUAGCUCAUUGUUUCCAUUGGGCUAUCAUUAUUUUCUACUCAACCAGAUUUCGGGCGAUAUUAUGAUUUGGAUAAACAGCCAGAGACCUAAGCGCCCGGUGUUUACCCGCAAUGACGAGACUAUUGAUUUCAAAACCAGUAUUGGUGUCGGUAUUGGUGUCGCGACACCGAUACCGAUACUCAGUGUCGCUAGUAUUGUAUCGCGAUACCGACACUGA